CAAAAAUUUUAGAUGUAAUUUUUUAGAAAAAAUUAAUAAAGCGACUAAGGAUUUAAAAUUGAUACAUUUUAUAGAAAUAUAAUAUAUACUUUAAAAUAAGUAACCAAAGCUUAAUAAGUCAAGAUGAUGAACCAAUACAUAAAAGAAUUGGAACAGGAUCCAUUCGACCCAGAUGAAUUUGUGGAGAGGAUGGUCCGUCGUAGCAUGCAGGAAUGUCGUUUUCAAGACGAUCAAUUUGAUCCAGAAACGAUUCAUGACAUCUUUAAACAAGCUAUACAAGAUUUAAAAGUUCUACAAGAGAGACAAGAAAGGAAAUGUGCUAGGCUAGAGCAAGCAGUUCAAGAAGAAGAAAAGUUAUAUGUUGCAAAGCUCGCUGAAAUAAUGGAACAGCAUUCGCAUUGCGUCAAUGUAUUCAGUUCGUUAGAUGAAAGAAUGUCUCGUUGUGGAGGUCGAGCCCUUGAUGUGGGAGAGAAGCUUGGAGCUGCAAGAGCUCCAAGAGCAAGAGCAGCAGCUGCAAGAGACCUCCUGUCACAUCUUGCAAACUUCCUCAGUCCGGGACCAGUACUUACUGAGCUAUUUAAUGAUCCAAAUAAGUUGAACGAAGCAGCAGAUGUUAUACAGAAGUUGUAUACUAUAUCACAAGAACUUCCACCAGAUAAGUUUGAAGUGGCCAAGAAGAAAAUAGAAGCUAAAUAUGAUGAGAUAGAAAGAAACCUCAUAGAAGAGUUUGUUAAGGCUCAGAAUCAGAAUAAUAUUGCCAAGAUGAAAGACAUCGCUAAUAUUAUGACAGACUUCAAAGGAUAUUCCCAAUGUGUUGACGCUUAUAUAGAAACAAGUCAAAUGAAUUCUUUGCUUGGAAAGGACAUAUUUGCAGCAGUACUACCAUUAUGUAAAAAGAAUUAUACAGUGAUAAGUAAUGUGUUUCCCAAUCCUGAUCAAGUAAUGAGCAAAUUUGUGCUGAACAUCUUCCAUCUUAAACUACAGAAAUACAUACAAACCAAGCUCGCUGACAAGAAUGAUUUGGAAAAAUAUUUGCGUAACUUAUACGAUAUGUAUACAAGCACGCAAAAAGCAUGCGAUGAACUUGUAGAAGCGAAUUUAGUAUCCGCUGAUGGCAACUCUUCUACGGGUGAUCUUAGACAAGAAGCCCUCGUGAACGGUGCCCUGGCAGGCGCCACUGACGGGUAUCCCGCGUUAGAGAUACGACGCCUCAAGGCAGUGUUUUCGAAUGCUUUGAAUGCUUAUUACAAUGAAAAACAACAUGUUAAGAAGCAGAUACAAGGUGGAGGAUUUCAAGAACUUCGACGAGAUUUACAAGCUGUUAUAGGGACCCGAGCUAAUAUCAAUAUUGCUCAAAUUGAAAAUUACGGUGGUGAAACAUUUCUCAGUGAAAAGCUCGUUCAGAAAAUGUUAAAUGACUCUAAAACAUCUUUUACCAGAUGUAAGACCUUAUGUUCGUCCAAUGAACUGCCUGGGACCACGAUAGCGUUACUAGAAGUAUUGAUACAACAUUUAUUAAUAGAACAUGUUGAUUACGCACUCGACUUAGGACUGCAGUCCAUUCCUAUAGCCGAGAACAAAUCACCGCCUCAGAUUCACUUCUUCGAUACAGUUAAUCAAGCUAAUAAAAUUGUCAAAUCUUUUGGAGAACACUUUCAAGAAUCGAUACUGCCCUGUAUGAGUAAACAAGGGGAAUGUAUACAACGCAAGAACACGAUAACAGAACAGUUGGAAAAUAAGCUAGACGCCGGACUGGAGCGAGCCAUCGCGGCCAUAGUGGGCUGGGUCAAGCUGCACCUCCAAACCGAACAGAAGAAAACUGACUUCAAACCGGAAGGAGAUAUUGAUACUUUAGCUUCACCUGCAUGCAUAGCGGUCGUCUCGUACCUCAACACGGUGAUGGAUAAAAUCCACUCGGAGUUAGAGGGAGACAACCUGAAUGCUGUUUCCCUGGAGCUGGCCGUUCGUCUGCAUCGAGUUAUUUAUGAGCAUUUGCAGAACUUCCAGUUUAAUUCUGCUGGCGCCAUGAUCGCGAUCUGCGACGUGAAGGAGUACCGCUCGGCGGCGUGCGCGCGCGGCCGGCCCGCGCCCGCGCCCGCGCCCGCGCUGUUCGACGCGCUGCACGCGCUCUGCAACCUGCUGCUCGUCAAGCCCGAGAACCUGCACCAGGUCUGCGAGGGAGAGACGCUCGCGGAGUUGGACCAUUCGAUCUUACACAACUUCAUACAACUGCGAUCCGACUACAAGAGUCAUAAGUUAUCAAGCUUUCUCAAGGGACUGUCAUAAUUUAUUGUUAAGACAUCACUCGUAAUCACAGGCUUAAUUUAUAUUACCCACAUGAUAUACUGUUCAUUUGUAUAAAAUAUAUUUAUUAAAGUUUACAACA